AUGAUGUACACAAAGGUUUCAGAGUCAGACUUUGUUUACGUACUUUCGCGAUGUCUGUUUUAUCUGACAUUACAGUUUAAUUAUGCUAUACUGGACUCUUCAAAAAUUAUAGCAAGUAGUCGUGACUACAGUCGACGAUAUAACACAAUAUGCCAGAAAAAUGUUGAGUUCCUGGUUGCAACAGCAACUACAAAUCCAGCAAGGAAGAGGGUUACAUCUCAGUUUUCAGAUUCCCUACCGAAGAGGAAAACAGAAAACGAUGGACAAGAAAUAUCCCCAGAAGGGACUGGACUCCAUCAAAUAGAAGUGUUGUUUACAUUAAACAUUUUGAAGAAAGUGAUGUAUCAAGAGUGGAGAUUUACAAGGAUUCUGAUGGGAACUGUCACGAGUUUCCUCGUCAAAGGCCAUUGCUUUUACCAGAAGCUGUGCCAAAAAUAUUCCCUGGGUUACCAUCGUAUUUAAGUAAGGUGCAGCCUUCAAGAAGGUGUUUGUCAUUUAUAUAGGAAGGAACAUGAUAAUACAUUUCAAAUAACAGACUGGAAUAACUGCAAGUCUGCAAAUAAUGUUAGUAGGCACCUCACAAACUUGUUUGCUGAACUUGUAUUUUCAAAUCUCGGUUAAGAAACGUCAUAAUAUACUGCUAAGGAACGUAUGUGAGUUAUUGAAAAGUUCAUCAUUGCAAGGAAACGAGAAUAAAAUGCGUAAUUCCGACAUAAAGUCGGCAUAAU